AUGCGGAUACCGCCUUUACCUCCCGCUCGAACAUGGCCAACAUACUUCCCAGCUCGUCUACUUCCCAUCUCGCCUGACAGGAACAUGAUACGUAAAGCUAUGGGUAGGAAAUUACUGACGAAUCCAAUAUUAUGUGAUCAAUUCGUUAGAUCAAUGAAGAUACGUCAAGGUGAAAUCGUGAUUGAAAGUUAUGCGGGUACGGGAGCUUUAACUAGAAGUUUGAUAUCUGGUGGUAAUUCGGUAAAAGAAGCUGAAAAUUGGUUAUCACAAAGAUCACAAGAACAAGUAGGAAUGCAAGGAGAUAAUACUACUACAACGAAAGGGAAAGGAAAGAGUAAGAAAACAUACCCUAUUUGGAUUGAUGAUCUGCCCUCCUCAUCUAAGUCCGAUACAAAUGUUCAAGGAAAAGAAGUGAACAUAGCAGAACGAGUAGAAUUGGUUGAACCCAAAUUAGUGGUAGCAUCUGAAGGGUCGUUAGAAUUAUUAGUUAGAUCAUUUGAUCAUCCAUCUACAUCUAAUUCGAUACUAUCUUCUAUCGGACGUGAAACUUCUACAGAUCCAUAUAUGAGACCUGUCCCAGUGACGAAAACACCUUUAAAUGCCAAUUUAUUAUUAUCACAUUCGACAGCAUAUGUAUGGCCUACGUUACCCAAGAUUCUACAAGAUCCAUUAGUAUCAGAGAAUCUACCAAUACAUGAUCCUACUCUACCACCUGGAGAAGAAUGCACAAAGAGAUCAUGGGAAGAUCCUGAACCUCCUAUAACGAUCGUUUGUCAAGUUCCAGAUUCGAGUAUAGGUGAACAAUUGGUCUCACAAUGGGUAGGUAGCGCAGUGGGUGAUCCAGGUCAAAAAAGAACUUGGAUUUGGGAAUGGGGUAGAAUAAGAUUAGCUCUGUUAUGCGGUAGAAGUUUGUAUGAUCGAAUAGUCGCACCUCCAGGAUCAAUUAUUCAUUGUAAAUUAUCAAUCUUGUCUCAAGCCUUAUUUGAUAUAGUGCCUCUACCACCUUAUCAUCACGUAUUGAACGUUGAUAAACAAUCUAAAAUGACAAAAGAUCGACCAUUGAAAGCCGCGUCCAUUAUACCACCUUCAACAGAAGAACCAAUUGGGGUACCUUCGAAUCCACCUAGUUCAGCUCAUGAUAUAAUCAAACCUAUGAAUGGACAAAGAACAUUAACAUAUCCAUUAGAUUUCUAUCCUCCUAUAACAUCCGCUCAGAGAUCGAUAGGUACACCAUUAGAAAGACCAGAAUUAUUAGGUAUAAUGUUAGUACCUAAAUUGCGUUCACCCAUAUUGGCAAGUCAGAAAGAUGCAUGGGACUUCGUAAUGAGAAGACUGUUCGUCAGGGAUACUUUAACUGUUAAACAAGGUAUACCAAAUUUAUCUUUCGGAGCUGAAACUCUGAUUGAAUUCAUUCAAGGUAAAAAUCAAUUCAGAGGUAUACCAGUUGAUGGUGGAAGAGUAAUCAGAGAUUUAAGAGUUGAAGAAUGGUUAAGAAUAGUUGAUGUUUUCGAUCAAUGGGCUUUCAAACCUGAUAACUUGAUUUUAGACUCUGGAAGCGCAGAUGAGACGAGUAGAGAAGUCGGACAGGAUUAA